CUCUCAAUAGCCCAAAAUCAAUUAAAAAAUUGACACUUUGGGCCUUUCUUGUGGGGCCCCCAAUUGAAACUCAUUUUCACUCUAGUUUUUGGUCUUCAAUCACUUUGCCUUAAUUUUUCCUCAUACAAAUGCUCUUAAGUUACUCAAAAAUCUAUCAAGUGGAUAUUACAUUAUAGUUGCUACCACUUGAAAUGCGACUUUGUUUUUCCGACUAUAUAAACCUCUAAGUUCGAUAUACAACAUUUUGUCUCGAAGUCGAAACAAACUCAUCAUGGUAAUUAACCAUGUCUUAUGGCUUCAAUUAUUUACGGUCAUAAUUUAUUUUCCGAGUUUUAGUAAUUCCGACCCAGAACCUAUCCAUGAUUAUUGUGUUGCCGACACAAAAACCCCUCGCGAUUUCUUCUUAAACGGUGUCCCGUGCAUCAAUCCAAACCAAACAAUGGUUUCCCAUUUUGCCACGUCGGCAUUAUCGAAACCGGGUGAUAUGAAUCGAUUCAAAUUCAACGUUACCCUAACCGACACCAACAACCUACCCGGGGUCAACACAUUGGGCCUAACCAUGGCCCGAAUAGACAUCGCGGUCAAUGGCCUCGUGCCACCUCAUUCACACCCUAGGGCUUCGGAGGUGACCAUGUUGCUCGAGGGUUCUCUCUUAGUGGGCUUCGUGGACACUUCGAAUCGUCUGCACACUCAGCGAUUACGCCCCGGUGAUAGUUUCGUCUUUCCGAAAGGUUUGAUUCAUUUCUUGUACAACACGCAUGUGAAGAUCCCUGCACUAGCCGUGUCGGGACUAAGCAGCCAAAACCCCGGUGCACAAAUUUCGUCGGUUGCCGCAUUUACAUCGAAUCCUCUCAUUCCCGACGAAGUUUUGACGAAGGGGUUCAAGAUAAGUGGUCAAGAUGUCGUUAGAAUUCGGAGCAAUCUUGGAGGAUGAAAGUACUCGCAAGUUGCAAUGCAACUAAAUUAUUGUUUUCGGGGUCGGAAUUGAUUUAAUGCACGUAAUUAUAUUUUUUUUUUUA